GAAUUGCAGACGGAUCGAUCAGAUCUAUACAUCUGGCAAGGAUUUGUGCGAGAAGAUGUGGGGAUCUGCGUUUGUGUACGAGGCAAAUGAGUCUCACGCUUACACCAUGUGGUUUUUCGAUGCCGCCAAUCCCAACGACGCCACUUCGGCACGCUGGGGUCACAACCGAUCGGAAUCCUGCAAUCUUCAUCACCACCACAAGGACGUUCCGAGCCCGGAGCCCACGGUCUCGGAAUGUCAUCCCUGGAGGAACAAUGCCUGCAGUCGUCAAGCGACGGUUGGCUCCCUGGAUGUGCUGAAGAGCAGCUUUGGGGAGCGACCUGGGGCGACCGAUGAGCGAGAGUCCUUCCAUUGGGACCGUUGUGGCCCACUGUCGCAAGAGUGUGAACGCUUUUUUGUGCAGGAAGCGUGUUUCUACGAAUGCGAUGCUAACGUGGGCUUCUACCGUAAAUAUGAUGCUGACCAUUAUGAUCCGCGCUGUGAUGCACAAAGUGGCAACUACAGCCCGAUGUAUGCGGCCAGCAGACUUUGUAGUCACAACACCUGGGAGUUGCACCAGAUGCCCAUCAAGGCUUCGUAUUGUGAUGCCUGGUAUGCUGCUUGCCGGGCAGACCAUUUCUGUGCCGGACGCAAUGGCGACUUUUUUUCCUGCGCAGGAGUGGCCAAAAAUAUGGACGAAGUGCGCCUCAUCAAUGAGACCUGGGGUGCGCUGAGCCGAGGCAUCACCUCAACGGGAGAAUAUGCCCAUGAUACUCUCCAGCAACUUUGGCACACUGCCGUGCUCAUCACGGGCUCGGUGGCCGUGCUCACGUGUUGCUUCGGCAUUUUUCUGAUCCGUCGCGAAUGUGAAGGCCGACCAGUCUUUAAUCCAUCGCAUCAUAGACGGGCAUCGCCGAGCUUGAUGGGCGCCCAGCAGUAUUCCGAGCUGACUGAAAUCUCUUGA